AAGAUGCAAUUUUCAAAAUAAUGCUCAUACCUAUUAUUUUGAGAAUUUACGAUAUAAUAAUAUAGAGAUGCUUAACUUUUCAAAUAUAAUAAAUUUAGAAGAAUAUAUUAAUUAUUUAAAAGAAAAAUAUAUAACUAAAAUGUUAAGUGACCAAGAAAUUAUAAACCAAAUUAUAUACCUAGAACCUAAAACAGCUGAAGAUGAUGAGAAAGAUAAUAAUACAGAACUAUUCUAA